CCGUCAGCAAAUUAAAAGUGCCAAGUUCUACUUUGUCCGUUAACUAACCCUCACGCCAUUUAUCUUCUUCUUCUUCUUUUUUUUUUUUUGGUUCACAAUAAUAAUCCAAAACUGCCGUCUGCCACCAGCCUUCUUCCUUAUUUAUAAUAAAACUGUUUCACAACUCAUGGCCAUAUCCAUAAGAACGAAACCCAAAAAAAAGAAAAAGAAAACUGAAAAACUAUUGGGAAUAGAACAGUAGGGGUAGAGCCAUGACUUUCCUUCCGGUCAACGCUAUUGCGAAUCUACGAAUGCUAUUUCUGUUGAUCGGAGCAUGUUGUAUUCUGGUUGGAGUCAAUGGUGGAUGGGAUGAGGAAGUAGGAUUACUGAGAAGAGGACGCAGCGGCGCAGGAGGAGGAUAUCAGCGAGAGUUCGAUUACUUCAAGCUAUCUCUCCAAUGGCCAGGCACCUAUUGCCGAAGAACUCGCCGUUGUUGUUCUUCCAACGCCUGUUGCAGCCGCUCGAACUCGCCACCUGUAUUCACAAUUCAUGGACUUUGGACAGAGUACAAUGAUGGAACCUGGCCUGCCUGCUGUUCCGGUAAAGCAUUUGAUGAGAGAGAGAUUUCGACAUUGCUCGUGCCCUUGAGGAAGUAUUGGCCUUCUUUAAGUUGUGGCUCCCCCAGAUCUUGCCAUCACAAAAAAGGACCAUUCUGGGCACAUGAGUGGGAAAAACAUGGGACAUGUGCUUAUCCAGUUGUCCAUGAUGAAUAUGAGUUCUUUUUGACUACGUUGAAUGUUUACUUCAAGUAUAAUGUUACAGAAGUUUUGUUUGAAGCUGGAUAUGUACCAUCAGAUUCCGAAAAGUAUCCAUUAGGAGGCAUCAUUUCAUCAAUUGAAAAUGCUUUCCAUGCAACCCCAGAGUUAACAUGCUCAGGCGAUGCCCUGGAGGAACUUCGUAUAUGCUUCUAUAAGAAUUUUGAGAGGUUAGAAGCAGCAAUACAACAGCAGCUUCUUAGUCUACAGAAUAGUCUCUGGUUGGUGAAGCGUAGUGACAAUACAAGUUUCUGCUUGGGACAGAUCAAUACUUUAACACAUGCAAAUGUACAAGUGGAUGAAUAAUAUUUGCUUGUGAACUUUCAGUCUAUAAUCAAUGUAACUUUAAGCAGAUUAAUAUUUUCCUUUUAUGCUAUUUCCAGUCUACUAAAAUAACUUUUCGACAUGGUUUAUCUUUGCUUGUGCAUAAAUAUAAAGAACAGUUGGUGGAA